ACGCUGGACAUGGCCUGCGGAAACACUAACCGUUGUGUGUACGGCGUGCCGGUCGGUUCCUGCGGCGUGACCACCGUACCUGCAUGACCUAUAUGACCACGUUCCGUGUGAAGCCAGUAUUGUCGUGGUUUUGCAACCGUGAAACGCGAUUCUUCAAUGGAUGACGAAGAAUUUACUUCAGUCGUUAUCGACAGUGGAUCUGGGAUUUUCAAGGCUGGCUUUGGGGGAGAGUUGGCACCGGAGGCUGUUUUCCCUACAGUAGUGGGUAGACCACUGUACAGUGACAGCUCUCAGGCAGAAGAUGCCAAGCAGCAGGAUACCGAUUGCUUCAUCGGCGAUCAGGCUCAGCAGAAACGAGAAAUCCUUAGCCUGAGGUAUCCCAUCGAACGGGGCAUCAUCACCGACUGGGAUGAGAUGGAGAAGAUCUGGCACCACACCUUCGCUAAUGAACUCUGUGUGGCUCCAGAAGAUUACGACGUGUUACUGUCUGAGCCUUGCCUCGGCCCCAAAGCCAACAAGGAAAAGAUGACUCAGGUAAUGUUUGAAUCCUUCAACGUGAGAGCAAUGAAUGUCGCAACUCAGGCAGUACUGGGGCUUUAUUGCCAUGGUGUGACUACCGGUUUAAUGCUACAGUGUGGUGAUGGCGUGACCGAGAUCAUGCCAUGCUAUGAAGGCAAAACACUGCCUCAUGCAGUCCAAAGACUUGGUGUUGCUGGGAGGGACCUCACGGAAUACCUCAUGGAGUUACUCAGAGAGCGUGGAUAUUCUUUUUCCACCACAGCUGAGCGAGAGAUUGUCCGUGAUAUCAAAGAGAAAUUCUGUUACGUGGCCCAAGACUACGAGCAAGAAUUGUGCAACGCCCAGCGCAGCUGGGCACAGGAGAAGAACUACACACUCCCCGAUGGUCAAGUGAUCACCAUCGGCAGCGAGAUGUUCCGAUGCCCCGAAGCCUUGCUCAACCCCCCCCUCGCUGGAUUGCAGACGGCAGGAAUCCUUCAGGCCAUCCAUGACAGCAUCAUGAAAUGUGAUGUGGAUAUACGUACAGACUUGCAGACCAAUGUGUGCUUGUCUGGGGGUACUGCUUUGCUGCCAGGUUUACCUGACCGCAUUGGUAAGGAGCUUAAUGUGACUGUCAGGACAAAUACUCUACAAGAAAAUAAGAUGAAUGGAAUAUGGGUUGGUGGGUCUAUUCUUGCCUCACUACCUUACACGCCUUGGGUUCCAAGAAGAGAGUAUGAGGAGUGGGGACCAUCAAUCAUCCACCGUCGAUAUGUUGGUCUUUAGGCUAAACAAAAAAUAGUUCUGCUUCCGGUUACCCUACCUAUCCUAUUUUGACAGCCCCUACCCUAAUAUUUUUGGGCGGAAAAUGAGGAAAAACCCAGAAAAUCA